UCAUUAACCUCGGCACUUUGGUGGCUCCUGGUCGCGGAAAUACGCGCUUAUGGUGCCACAAAGUGUCAUAUAUGCCACAGUCGAACGUAUUGAUUUCUAAAUAAGGGGAAAGUGAACGGAUAUCCUCAGGCUAGUCUAUACUUCUAUAGCGCUGUCAUUUUUCAAGCGAUCCUUUAACUGUACGUUUCUUGGUAUUGGUUAAACCAAACGCACCCACACGUUCGCGGUAAUUGCUCGUGCAUCAGCCUUGACGUUUGUUUGUUUCGCGCACAUGUCGCGUCCUCCUCCUGGUACCCCCAUUAGACUUUUUCCACCCUUGAGCCCCCCAACAAUUCGUGUUCGUGUGUGUGUGCGCUACCAGUCUUCCACCUCGACAACACAAACUUGUUGUUUGUGUGGUGAUGUAACACCAAGGACUGUUUAGUGACGUCAAAUACCCCGCUCUCCUUAACUGUGCCGAUCGUUCCGAGGCACGGUCAGCUGACAUUUACAAUCGCAGUUUCUACGUUAACAACCCUAUGGUCGCGUGGUCCUGUGCUUCCCCCAUUUCCGGCCAACAGUGAUUGGCAUAAACCAGUAGAAAGUACCACUUUUACUAUCGCCGUGCAAGAGAGUGGACGUGUAAUCAUGAAAUUUGUGUUGUGAGUGCUGUAAUGCGUGGACAGUCGCCAGGGGGUUUUCCCCAGCCCUACGUCAGAACGACCCCCGUACAUGCAGUCGACGUGUGCGAUCGGACUGUCGUCAGGGUUAGACGCACGGGGGUGCAGCAGGAGCGGAUCAGGGUUGUUUGUACCACCAGAAGACAGCAUGUCAGUCGACUGGUUACUGUCACCGACGCCUGUCAUACCCUACCACCCUUCAGGAAACAUGUCACUGUCAUCAGCUUUCCACCGAAAAUGGAAAGGUCCCAGAUAGUGAAUUCGAUGGGUUCUUCUGAUCACAUUCAAGAACAAACGUACAUUCAAGCGCCGAGUUUCGUACAAGCACAGAAUUAUAGCACUCCAACUCCGAGCCCUAUCUACGCCAGAACAUCCCCCAACAAUUCUACGUACGUCAAUGUAAGCCAGCCUCUUCAACCCCUUCACAAGAAGGGCUCUUUGCGGAACGGAGACGUCUUGAAGAGGUCGAGGGUUCAGACAACAUACGAACUGUCUCAAGACAUCCUCGAUAAGCAGAUCGAAGUGCUAGAACGAAAAUACGGCGGUGUAAAAGCACGAAAUGCAGCCCUCACGAUCCAGAGAGCGUUCAGACGUUACACGCUCCUUAAAAAAUUCGCAGCUAUCACAGCUAUGGCCAAAGCCGAGAAACGUAUUAGUCGCCGCUUUCCUCCGAACACUGAAGACUGUCGUAGCGCAAUCGGUGAGACUGAACAACAGUGCCCUGAGUACGUUAGGAAUUACGAAGGGCACGAAUGUUCGACUGUGAGGGUUCUUCCGGUUAGAUCGAUGUCGCUGAGGGAGAGAAGAAACAUUGACAAUAUGCCGAUUCCACGGAGCCAAUCCGGUACUCCGACCGUGUGUUGGGAGAACUAUUCCUCUUCUUCUCUUCAGCAUUACUAUUCGCCCGUAGACGCGAAAUCCGACUCUGCCGGAACUCAAGUCACCGCAAGUCCUAGUUCCUGUAGUACUCCCACGACUUCCACGAACGGUUACACGCGCACUAGACAUUUAAGCAGUAGGAAAGUACCGCCGGAAGUACCGAAACGAACUUCGAGUAUCUCGUCGAGGUCUAUUGAUCCCAGACAUCACAAAACGAACGGGUUAACCAAAACAAACGAAAAUGGUUCGCUGUCGAGUGUCCAAAGUUCCGGGAGUGACAGUAGCAUAUCGACCGAACGAGUGCAAUGCGAGUUCUCGGGAUCGCCAGUUUGGAAACGUAAAGGAAAUCACAUUUCUGAGUACGCUGAACCGACUCUGGAAACAAGCUUAGGGAGUAUCUCUAACACUAGUACGUCUACGUACACUCUGGAGAGAGUUAAUGAACAACAAGCACCCACUAGCUACAAGAUAACUGAGACUAUAAGAAAGAGACAAUAUAGAGUGGGACUUAACUUAUUUAACAAGAAACCAGAAAGGGGUAUUACGUAUUUGAUACGUAGAGGUUUCUUGGAGAACUCGCCGCAAGGUGUGGCGAGAUUCUUAAUUUCGAGAAAAGGACUGAGUAAACAAAUGAUAGGUGAAUAUUUAGGAAAUCUCCAAAAUCCGUUUUGUAUGGCCGUUUUGGAAUGUUUUUCAAACGAGUUAGAUUUGUCGGGUAUGCAAGUGGACGUGGCACUUCGUAAAUUCCAGCAGCAUUUCCGGAUGCCCGGGGAAGCACAAAAGAUCGAAAGACUUAUGGAAAUAUUCUCGCAGAGGUACUGCCAAUGCAACGUAGAUAUCGUCGCACGUUUAAGAUCUCCUGAUACGAUUUUUGUUCUCGCCUUUGCGAUAAUCAUGUUAAACACCGACCUCCAUACACCAAACAUCAAGCCUGAACGUCGCAUGAAGCUGGAGGACUUCAUCAAAAAUUUACGAGGAAUUGACGACUGCGGUGAUAUAGACAGUGAUAUGCUCACGGGCGUUUAUGAACGAGUUAAAGCGAACGAAUUCAAGCCCGGAUCGGAUCACGUCACACAAGUGAUGAAGGUCCAAGCGACCAUCGUCGGUAAAAAACCGAAUAUGGCGUUGCCGCAUCGCCGACUAGUUUGUUAUUGCCGAUUAUACGAGAUUCCUGAUAUUUACAAAAAAGAAAGACCUGGUGUCCACCAGAGAGAAGUGUUCCUUUUUAACGAUUUACUCGUCAUUACGAAAAUCUUAAGUAAGAAGAAAUCCUCGGUUACGUACACGUUCAGAAAUAGUUUCCCUUUGUGUGGGAUGUUGGUUAAUUUAUUUGAGGCUCCCCAUUACCCAUAUGGCAUACGUUUGAGUCAGAAGGUGGAUGGGAAGAUCUUGGUUACGUUCAACGCCAGGAACGAGCACGAUAGGUGUAAAUUCGCGGAAGACUUGAAAGAGGCCGUCAGUGAGAUGGACGAGAUGGAGAACUUGCGGAUCGAAGCGGAGCUGGAGCGGCAGAAGUCGAACAGAGGAACACGGACAGGCACCGAGAAUCGCGACAGCGGGGUGGCCGACGUGGAAGUGUGCUCCUACCAGUGUCAGUGUGCUCAGAACCAGGCGCUCGGAGGGUCGGAGUGCGCGGAAGAGGCCUGUCAUGACACCCAGAUCAAGCGCUCGGCUCUCAGUAACUCGUUGUUGGAUAUCCACGAACAAUUUGCAGGAGAAAAGGCGCAGCGCCGAGGUAGUGUGGGUUCGCUAGAUAGCGGUAUGUCCGUUUCAUUCCAGUCUACGUCAGCUAGUACUUGUUCCCGCUCUGAUAAACUAGCUAACAAAGGUAAAGCAGGUCUGCACAAUCAUCAAUCAUUCCUAGGAGGCCUCUUUAACAAAAAACCGAACAGUGUGGUGGUGAAGUCGACCGAAGUGUAACUGUGAACAAUCCAAAUAUUGACUGUAUAGGUGUAGUUCUUUUUUGAAAUUUAACUUGUGCAUGUUAUGAAUAACCAAAUACACUUUCACCAUUUAUAAGUGUUACCAAAUAUAUUAAUUAUGGCUGUCUAAUUUCGCCCAGUGCGUACUACUUAAUUUUUGUUAAUUUGUUUUUUUCUUUUCUUUCUUGUUACAAAGGCAAACUUAAUGUCCUUUUUACUGUAUUUGUUAUAUUUAUUAUCGGCGGUUUGACGGCUAAUCAACAUUAAGGUUGCCUUAAAACAGCUCUCUGUCUUAAAUGGCAUUGAACAUUUGAUAAUUGUCUUCUAAUGUUGCCUGUAAAGGAUUUGUAAAUAGUUAAAUUAUUGAGAGAGCAACAUGUUCUAGUCGAUUGUAAAUAUAUUAGCAAUCUCUACUAAUGAUAUUAAAUAAUUUAAAUGUAUGUAAUAAGUGUUUUUUUAAUAACUAAUAAACAGUCAAACCUU